UGGAGGGGAAACGUAAAAAGAAUGGGGUUCCUCAGGAUGAAGACUAGAUUAAAGGAACGGCUCCUAUGCACCGUACCCCACUUCGGAACCUCCCUACUGCAUAUAUCCAGGCUGCUACAAGAACUGUCCCAGGUGCCCUGGCUGCCCCCCAUAAAUUCCCGUUGUUAUUCUUACACUGAGAUGCAGGGGGCGCUCUCUGAGGCUACUACAGGGGCAAAGAGGCAGUUCUACAACUUCCUGACUCUGGUGACCCAAAUCCUGGAACUGGUGAGGAACGACACGUAUCUCAUGAUGGAGACCCUGAGGAGAGACUGCGAGAUGAUGGCCCAGGCUCAGCGCAGUGGGAGGGGCACCAUAAUAGGGAGUGUGAAGCAGGCGGAGUCCUGGAGGAAUAAAUUGGGGAAUUUUGCCGCCCUUGUGACUCACAUGAUCUGUGAGAAUCUACUUUCCUUUAUUCAGAGGGAUUUCUGCUCUUUUGUAUCUGAUGCCGUCCAGGUCGGAAGCCUCAGCCCCUUUCUAUGUGCUAUCAUGGCAUUUAGUUCUGAAUGUGAGCUAAUUCUCUGCCCCUCGGCCUCAGAGCUGACACUUCUCUUCCCUCAAGCCCUGGAUUCAAUCUUGAAGGCAGUAAAUGAGGUUACCCAUAAUGCUGUGCAAGGACUGGAGAAGAAAGUGAAAGAGAAGCAGACGGGGUGGGCCCCCCAUCCCCUCCGACCUGAGGAACUGACAGUGAGACCGGCGCCCCCGCUGGUAAGGAAGGGCAGAGUCCGCUCUGGGGGCAGCCCCCUUGGCAUGGAGGGACGGCGGCACAGGGCUCAUUACUUACCCCUGAGACUGCGCCCCCUGGGGGAGAUGCUGAGCGCUGAUUGGAGGAUUCAUCUGGCCAAGAACAAGCUGCAGAGUUUCAUCCAGGGCUCUGUGUGUGAGGUGCAGAGAGACAUGGCAGCGCUCUCGUGGCUGUGCCAGAUCUCUAGUUACAUUCAGAGAUGGUCUCCUGAGGUUCUGGGAGAUCUCGGGGGCUGCCCGGCCGGCCAAUAUGAGGACUUGAUCCUACGGCUGCAGAACUGGGGGGAGAAGGUGUGGGGGGUAAAGGAGAGAAUAACUGCCCCGGGUCUGGCCGUGUCCUGCACUCACCUACAGAGAGAGACAGGUGCAGAACUGAUGAGAAUUAUCCAAAAUAUCUGUGACUUCCUCUCCUCCGAGAUCUCCCAGCAAUCCCAUUGGCUCUCGCAGGAACUGACUGACGCUCUGCGGUCUCUGCAGCGAAUCAGCACUGAUGUCUCAUCCUUCUCCCAGAAUCUGGGCAAGGUAACUGAAUACAGUGGGAAGAGUCCGGCCUAUCAGUCACGGCUAGACUACGUGCUGUCUCUAAGUGAGGUGCUGCGCAUGUACCAGCGCCAGGCUACCCCCGGGGGGCACACACUACAAACCCAGCUGAUGGACCAGUGGGACACAUUCCUGCAGAAAUUGAAGGAGACAUCUGAUUUUCUGAGCAGCCAGAAGGCUUCCAUGGGAUCCAGCCUCCAGGAGUCCUUCCAGAUCUGCUACAGAGAGGCUGAGAGUCUGGUCAGCGCAGCCUCUGCUUCUGUUUAUUCAGACCCCUCCCAAAAUGCACCAGAGAUGCUGAAAGAACUGGGCCAGUUGGGCCAGAGACUCCAAAAGCUGAUGGCACAGCUCCUGGACUUGAGUUGUUCAAGAGAAGUUCUACACGGAAAGACUUUCGACAUAUCGGCCAUUGUGAGGGGGCAGCAGCGGUUGGAGGCACGAGAGGCAGUUUGGAGAUUAUGGAGCUCGAGCGCUGAGCAAGUCAGGGCCUGGAAACAAAAGCAGCUGCUACAGGUAGAUGCUGAGAGUGUGAAGGAGAAGAUCCAGGGCUGGGGCAGAAGACUCCAAGACUUGGGGUCACUAUUUUCGGGGGAAGACCCCCUAAUUCGGAGGGUGCAAGACCACAUUGAGGAAUUUGCUGCACUGCUGCCAUUGCUUGUGAGGCUGAGUAGCCCCGCCCUGAAGCCCAAACACUGGGAGACCAUCUCUGCUGUGAUGGGGACAAAGCUUCCCGGGCCAGAGGAGCUGACACUCAGCGAUUUGCUCACCUACCCAUUCCUUCUGCACCAGGAGCUCAUCCAGAAGGUGAUUGGCUCCGCCCAGAAAGAGAGGAGCUCGGCCCAGACCUUGCGCAGGGUGCGGAGCGUUUGGGAACAAAGAGAAUUCCAACUCAAUAGGUUCUUCCUCUGUGUCCGAACCCAAGAUCCCUCCCCAGAUCCGUCCCAGAGGCCCCCCAGUGGGAGGUUCCAGGAGGCUGAGGAAGGGUUAACGACCAAGGACAGUGGCACAUUCUUACUCAAGGACGUGGGGUCACUAUACCGGGAGUUGGGGGACAGCCUUCUCUCCCUCCACAUGGUUAAUGCCUCGUAUCUUUCCUCUGACAUGAAGAAGGAGGUUUCUGAUUGGACGCAGAAGCUGCAGAGUCUGGGUCGUUCCCUCGACCUGUGGAUCAGCUUCCAGGAGAAGUUUGUCUUUCUGACCCGGAUCCAGCAGGAACUUCAUCUCCCUCUGCCCAGUCAUCAAGCUACGGAGGAGUACCAGUCCGUUGAGCGGAGCUACCGGGCAUUGCUCGGGGCCACAGUACGAGACCCACGGGUUUUAUCUGUCCUGAGCCGCCCCUCUAGCAGCCAAGAAGGGGAGUUCCAUGGCGAGGCUCUGUGUGACGCCCUCCACAGGGGAAUCAGUGCCAUGGAGAAGAUAGUGGAAGGCUUAGAGGGAGUGUUGGACUCAUUCCGCUCCGUCUGCCCGCGACUCUUCUUCUUGAGUGACCCGGACCUGCUGAGAGUUCUGACGGCAUCUGCAGAACCGGAGGAGCGCUUGCCCUGUGCCCUCCUGUGCUUUCCUAAGCUCACCAAUGUGCUCUUCCAGGAGCAGCCUCCAAAGCCGACGGACUUCCCUCUGUACAGCAGUAGGGCACUGACAGUUGGGGUUGUUGGCAGCUACAAGGAGACGCUCAGUCUGAACUCUCCUAUUUCAGGGAAUUUGGAGGCCACUACAUGGCUGUCAGAACUGGAGAGAGGGCUGAAGGGGGCACUCUUUAGCCAACUGGACAAAUGCCUAUGUUAUCAGAGAGCGGUGGGAGACCAGGCUGUUACCUACAGUGGGGGUGCCCAGACGUGGGCAGCAAGAGUGACUGCUUUCCCCUGGCAGUGCCUGGCAGUGAGCGAGGAAAUACUCUGGUGUGAGGCCAUAGAGACCUUUCUUUUUACUCCGCACAGAGCUUCGCUGAAGAACAAAGCACAACAGAAGGUGACCACCUUGGCGCGCGUCUUGCCUGAGCUGCACGCAGUGGGCGGAGUCUCCAAGGCCGGGGUGCAUCUGGCACAGGCGGUGCUGUCUGCCUGGAUUACACUUGCGUGCCUACAGAGGGAUCGAACCUGCGCUUUAGUAGAUGAGGGGGUCCAGUCAUGUGAUUCCUUUGCAUGGGUAAAGAUCUUCAAAUACCGAACUCAAGCAGAACCGGUCCAGACACUAGAGACACGGAGAAGUCAGGUAGCGAGUGGCAGGGAGAGUCCGGGCAACGCCGCUGAGAAAAUAGAAAAAGCUGAGGAUCCUCCAGAUGCAUGUGGGGUAACCACUUCAGGGGGUGAAGGGCAGAGUGUAGGGUCACUUGGCAUUCAGAUGACCCCCAGCGUAUAUGCUGAGGUGUUGGGUUCCCAGCUGCCAUAUUGUUAUGAAUACGUUGGCCUAGACACCGGCAUUGUAGGGUGUCCACUGUCUGACAGGGUCACCUUGGGUUUGAUCCUCGCCCUGCAACAGUACCAAUGUGGGGCUGUGAUUGGUCAGGAUAAUGACAGUAGAACUCAAACUCUAGUUGCCCUGGGCAGUGCCCUGGGGUGUCAGGUGGUGGUUCUGAAAUGUUGGGCUGAGACGAAGUUAGGGAGGGUGAGCCAGCACCUUCGUGGGGCACUGCAAGGGGGAGCAUGGUUGGUGCUAGACAGUGUUCACCAACUUAGCGCCAAGGUGCAGUCCUCACUAGGGCAGCUUCUCCUGGAGAUCCAGUCUUCCUGCCAAGCUUUGUUGCCCAAGGACCGAACUAGGGACAGUGUACAGGGGGUAUCAAGCCCUAAUGAUGUAUGUUAUCUGCCCCAGGAAAUAGGCAGUAUCCAGCUUGAGGGCCGUGCCAUUACUGUUAGAGAGAGUUAUGGCUGCUUCAUGACUCUUCCUGACUCUACCAGCACUCUGGCCUCUAAUCUGAGCCUUCUCCUGAGGCCAGUGUCCUUAGUAGCUCCUGAUCUGCACCCAACUGCUGAAAUCAUGCUAAUGGCUGCUGGUUUCCUACAGCCCUCACACUUGGCCUCCAAGGUCUCCUGUUUCUUCCGGCUCGCACGGGAGUCUGGGGCUCUAACAGGGAACUCCUGCUUUUCACUCAUGAGAAGUGUGCUGAGACGGGCAGAAUUGCUUCUAAAAAGGAGAAAUAUGUCUCGCUGUGCAGAAGGGCAAGAAGGGCAGGGUGGAGAUUUCCAAGAACCCACUGAGAAACAAACAAGCCAGUCUUUGGGUUCCCACUUCCAGCUGGACAUGGAUCUGGAGCAGGAGAAGCUUUUGCUGAGGGUUCUCUCUUCUGCUCUGCUCCUUGAACACCCAUUUGAUAGACACAAUCAUCUGAUGGACCUUCUGAAAGGAGUCUUCCCAAUGUGCUCCUCACCUCUCCUCUGCCCUGAGCCCUGGGCUUCCCUUCAGAGCACCAUUGAUCAGGAGGUGAAUGAAUUAGGACUUAGAGUGCACUCUGAGUUCUGCGGCAAAGUCAUUCAGCUCUUCCAUGCUAUUCAGCAAAGUCCAGGGGUCCUACUCACAGGCCCCCCUGGCAGUGGUAAAACGUCAUGUUGGAGAGUCCUAUCUCGAGUUAUAAACCGGCUGGCAGGCAGUGCGGAUAUGCAGGGGGUCCCAAGUGAAUAUACAUAUAAUGCUGUGCAACCCACCCAUCUAUUCCCCAGCAGUUACUCAGCCCAGGAACUAUUUGGGGGUCUAGAAGAGGCAAAAUGGAAAGAAGGCAUCAUCCCCCCUAUUCUACAAAGAGCAACACAGGGAUUUGGGGCAUCCAAAUGGCUUGUUCUUGAUGGACCUGCAGCCCCCAAAUGGCUGGAGCCAGUUUCUUGCCUCUUUGGUCACCACCCGGUCCUGACCCUGGCAAAUGGUCAGCAUCUUUGCCUGCAAGACCCCACUAAAGUUAUAUUUGAGAUGACAGAUGCGUCCGCUAUUACCCCUGCGCUCUUGGCGUCCUGUUCCAUGGUGUACGUUGGAGGAAGGGACACCUGGAGGGCAGUUCUGGCAUCGUUCAUGUCCACGUUGUACGUAAGAUACCAAAUCAAGGAAAGCACAGCCCUUCAUCUCCAGAGCUUGAGUGAGAGCCUUAGUGCUCAACUCCUGUCCUUCCUGGAGGAGCAUUGUACCCCGGCCCUGUACCCUCAUUGCACCCAGUCUGUGCAUACGGCUCAAGGAGUACAGGAGGUCUCUUCCUUCUGUGCCAUCCUACAGUCGCUAAUGGACCAGCACCUACUGAGGCACUGUGGACCAGAAGCAUCAUCUGAGACUGAACUACAGAACACAGGACCCCAGGGGGUCGCUAGUCAGAAAACUCAUGAUACCUGCCCAGAAAAACUAGACAACUUACCUACAGACCAAGCCAAUACCCCGCACCACCACCGGAUGGUACAUACCUACUUCCUCUACUCCAUCAUCUGGGGCUUUGGUGGUCACCUUCACCCAAAACAACACACAAAGUUUGAUGCAUUUCUCCGUGAGAAGCUUCAGGACCUCUUGUUAAGCACUGAUAUUCCUUCAGGCACUUCUCUGUUUGAUAUAUUGCCUGGCCCAGAUGGAGGAAGCUUUAGAUCCAGCCAUGAAAUGUGCCCUAGGGGGUUGAGUCUUGGUGGAUUUGUUGCUCUUCCACAGUUUGAGAGCCCUCGUUUUGUAGUGCGGUCUCUCAUGAGCUCUGGCCAAUCUGUCCUGUUGGUUGGAGAACCCGGUUCCGGAAAGACGACAUUUGCACAGUCUGUAAUUCCUAGGAACAUAACCUCCUUAUGUAUUCCCGUUAACCCCAUGUUGCACCCUGAUUGUCUCCGUAACCUGAUUAUUGGGCACCAGGAAGAUCCACACAAUUUGACCCCACCUAGAGACAAAACUAAAAGCCAGAGAUUCCAGCAUUUGUUCUUCAUGGAUGAUCUGCACGAAGCCUCGUGGGACCCUGAUUGCCAGACCCCAGCUGCUCUAGAAGCCCUGCGGGAUGUUGCCACCAGCGUGGGCAGUAAGUGUGCGGAUGCCACCCCUUGGCAUAGCUUCCUGGGCACAAUCAAUUCCCCGGACCAUGGAUAUGACUGCCUGAAUCCCAGGCUCAGCCGGCUCUUUAUCACAAUUGCUCUGCCCCUUUGCACGCCGGGCUCCCUGCAAAGCAUUCUGGCCCCACGCUUCUCAAACUGGCUGAAGUUGGCACUGCCCGCAUCACAGUUGCGAGAGCUAGGCACAGCGUUGGCACGUGCCACAGAGACUCUGCACCACGAAGUGAGAAGAUCCCUCCCUGUGGGGUAUCAUUUCUCUUUGCAUCAUGUACACCGGCUCCAACAGAGCAUGAUCCUGCUGUGCCCAUCCCUCGCAGCACAACUGGCAUUGCCCAAGGGCACUGCGCCAACAGACCUGCUCUGCACCCAGGCGGUCUCUCGCCUUUGGAUGCACGAGGCUUUGCGCACCUACAGUGAUGGGCUACCUACCCAAAGAGACAAAGAGUCCUUCUGCAACCUGCUCAUAAACUGCACCCUGAGGGCCUUCUGCCCAGCGCCAACUUCCCCACACAGGAACCGCUCAUCUGGCGCCCGAACCCUGUCCCCCCCAAACUCUAAGCUGGGGGGCCCACUGUCUGCAAGCCCAGGGACACGCAGGGGGACCAGUUGUGCAAGUGGCACACAAAGUGGCAAGAGGCAGCCUCCAGCAGGGCAUGGAGAGAGUGUGCCACCGGCUGUAGCCCCAGGGAUAGAAGGUGGAGCCAGCCCUUCUGUGAGUACAAGUGGAGCUCACAUUCUCCAAGGGCAGCCUCCAGCAGGGCACGGAGAGAGUGUGCCUCAGGCUGUAGCCCCAGGGAUAGAAGGUGGAGCCAGCCCUUCUGUGAGUACAAGUGGAGCUCACAGUGUCCAAGGACAGUCUCCAGCAGGGCAUGGAGAGAGUGUGCCACCGGCUGUAGCCCCAGGGAUAGAAGGUGGAGCCAGCCCUUCUGUGAGUACAAGUGGAGCUCACAGUGUCCAAGGACAGUCUCCAGCAGGGCAUGGAGAGAGUGUGCCUCAGGCUGUAGCCCCAGGGAUAGAAGGUGGAGCCAGCCCUUCUGUGAGUACAAGUGGAGCUCACAUUCUCCAAGGGAAGCCUCCAGCAGGGCAUGGAGAGAGUGUGCCACCGGCUGUAGCCCCAGGGAUAGAAGGUGGAGCCAGCCCUUCUGUGAGUACAAGUGGAGCUCACAUUCUCCAAGGGCAGCCUCCAGCAGGGCACGGAGAAAGUGUGCCACCGGCUGUAGCCCCAGGGAUAGAAGGUGGAGCCAGCCCUUCUGUGAGUACAAGUGGAGCUCACAGUGUCCAAGGGAAGCCUCCAGCAGGGCAUGGAGAGAGUGUGCCACCGGCUGUAGCCCCAGGGAUAGAAGGUGGAGCCAGCCCUUCUGUGAGUACAAGUGGAGCUCACAGUGUCCAAGGGCAGUCUCCAGCAGGGCAUGGAGAGAGUGUGCCACCGGCUGUAGCCCCAGGGAUAGAAGGUGGAGCCAGCCCUUCUGUGAGUACAAGUGGAGCUCACAGUGUCCAAGGACAGUCUCCAGCAGGGCAUGGAGAGAGUGUGCCACCGGCUGUAGCCCCAGGGAUAGAAGGUGGAGCCAGCCCUUCUGUGAGUACAAGUGGAGCUCACAGUGUCCAAGGGAAGCCUCCAGCAGGGCAUGGAGAGAGUGUGCCACCGGCUGUAGCCCCAGGGAUAGAAGGUGGAGCCAGCCCUUCUGUGAGUACAAGUGGAGAGAGUGUGCCUCAGACAAUUGGCCCAGAGAGAGAACCAAAAGGGCAAGAGAGUGCAGUAGAGGACGCAAAUGCCUCUCUAGCCCCCAGCACCCCUGACAACUCUUACCCUUCUACUCCAUCUUCCACCAGAUCCAUCUCCCCCACUACCCGCAACCCAACUCCCAACUUUCUGCCGACAGUUGAAGAUCUGGAGACCCUUGUGUUUUGCCAUGACCUGAGCCCGGGCUGCCCUGAGCGGGGAGAGUGCCCACCCUACAGAGAGAGGGCAGCACAGUGCCCAGAUUCUGAGAACCCCCUUAAGCUGAUACUUUCCCCCAGUGACCAGUUGCACGUUGCCCACUUAUCCCGGUUACUCCGCCUCCCCCAGGGUCACGUGGUUUUGCUUUCUCAGAGUCCUGGCACUGGCAGGAGAAGCUUAGCCAAACUGGCAGCAAGUACAAGCAACUGCCAGCUGCUGGAGCUGAGUGCCAGCCAGAGCCAAGAGGAGCGCCAUGGGCUGCUGAGGGGAGCCAGCUGGAGGGCAGGAGUGCUGGGCGGGGCGGUGGCUCUGUUGGUGCCAGAGGAAGUCUCCCAGAAUUCCCUGCAGGAAGUGGCGGCUCUGCUUCGGGAUGGAACAUUCCAAGGGCUGCACAGUGCAGAGCAAGAGGAGAAGGCGCUGCAAGCUCUGCAACAGAGAGAGAGACUGCACCACAGGGGGCACCAAGUGCUACGAGACAGGUUCUACCAGCGGGUGCGCAGCAGGGUUCACGUAUUGGCCCUACAGAGUGGCCCCCAGCAUUGGCACCGCCUUCCCCGCUCCCUGCACCAGCUGGGCACAGUGCAAGCCUUCCACCCGUGGGACCUCCGAGCCCUCACUCACGUGGCCGAGAAGAUACUGGGCUCAUACGGCCACCGGGCCCUGGGUUUGCUGCAGGCUGAAGUGUCUCUCUCCAGGCUGAUGUCUCUCAUCCACGUGACAGCCCGGUGUCACUAUGACAGACUGUGCCCCACUCUGCCGCUCAUCACCCCAAAAACAUUCAUUGAUUUUAUUCACAUUUACCUGAGAUUUGCUGCGGAUCUGAGAGGUCGGAGGGGACAGGAAAGGGACAGGCUGGAAGCUGCUGUUUGUCGGGCACAGGAGGUGCAGGAGGAGAGAGAGGAACGUGAGGAGGAGCUCCGAGUACUCAAUGACCAACUGCAGUCAGUAGAACAGGAAGUGAAUGACUGGAGGCAGCAGCUAAAGGAGGCCCGGGACUCCCAUGAGCUCCUCCAGGUGCAGCACCAAGAACUGGAGAGAAGUCGCCAAUGUCUGGAAUCCAAGUUGCACCCCAUGAAGAAUCAGUGGCUGCGAGAUAUGAAAGAGGCUCAUCUUAAAUGGGGUGCAGCGCAGAGGCAGCUGCAACUGUCAGACCUGGAGGAAAUCCGAAGUUACAGACACCCCCCUCCUUUGGUCGUCAUGGUAACAAAUGCCCUCUGUGCUGCGCUGGGGAAGGAACAGACCUGGGAGGCCGCAAAGCAGUUACUCGCCUCUGAGAAUUUUUACCAGGAGCUGCAGUUCUACGAUGCACUCACUAUGGGCGACGCCCCAUUCGCUACACUCACCCGCGCAGUCACACAGCCCCACUUCAGGCCAGAGACGGUGAGCCUUGCAAGUUCAGCAGCAGCUUCCUUGUGUGGGUGGCUCUGCUCCCUACAACACCAUUGUGCAGUCCUGAGAAAGCUGCAUUCCACCAAGGCCACUCUAACCCAAGUGGAGGCUCAGGACUGGCGCUUGGCCUCGCGUAUGGCAGAAAUCCGCCUACAGCAAGAGAAGCAGCGGCAGCUGGAGACACAGGCCUCCCACCAUCUGCAGGAGGUCACAGGCAGCAGGAGGGCCCUCAGGGGGCAGAUUGUGCAGUCACAGGGGAGGCUGAAGGCUGCAAUGGAAUGUGAGCGCAGAGCUGCCCCACACUUCUCCUGCUGGACUCAAGCACUGGAGGUACAAAGGGGCCGUGCCCAGACGGUGCCUGUAGAUGCCCUGCUGGUUGCUGCCUCAGUUACCUACCUGGGGGCCCUACCGUGGCACCGCUGUUGUGCCCUAUGGCGGAAGUGGCAGCGCCUGUGCCAGGGUUCUGAGGGUUCUGAGGGAUCUCUGGAGCCAGAUGAUGUGAGUGAAGCUCUGGAUGGUUCUGCCCAGGACUCAGCGUUGCCCCUUGUAGACAUGUUGAGCUCAGGGGCAGAAAGUUUGCAAUGGGGCAAACACAGGCACCUGGGAGACCUGGAGUCUCAGACUCGGGCAGUUCUUCUUCGGGCAAGUGGCCAAUAUUCGUCCCACAGGCUUCCCCUCAUGUUGGACCCAGACCAGCUGGGAGAGGACUGGCUGAGAGUUCUGCUGGAGGGUCCGGCACAUCACAAGGGGGGCACCUUGUUGGACAGAGAGCUGUGUGUGGUUGACGCAUGUUCGCCGCUGCUGGGAGACACCAUACGAUUGGCAGCACAGAAAGGUUGGUGGGUACUUGUUACUCAUAUGGAGAGGAAUGUGUCUGCGUUGGAUCUAAUUACCCAACUGUGCGCUAGUGCAAGGGACCAUGGAGGGUCUGCAGACUGUGGCCCUACGGAGCCGGGGGGAAUGGUACCUGGUACCUCAGCCCAGCGGGAUCAUAUCCCUUUAAAGGAAAUUCCCGCCUCCUUUCAGCUGUAUCUCAGCACUCGCCUCCCAUUGGCCGCCCUUAAAGAAGAACUCGGUUCAGCCUUCCUGAAGGAGGUGAAUGUAAUGGACCUAAGUCUGAGCCCCUCGGGAAUAAGAGAGGAAGUGAUGAAGAUGCUCUUGGCCAAUCAGAAUGAGCUGGAACAGAAUCGGACUCUGAGUGUCAGAUCCCUGCAGCUGCGCCAGGAGAUCCAGCAGGUUCAGGCCUCCUUGCUGGACUUUGCCAUUACUUGCCCGUGCCCUCUCCCCAAGAGCCCAGACUUCCUGCUGAGGGUGUCCGAGUGUGAGGGCUCCGAGCUUUCCCUGCGCCGAUCCCUUAGUGAGGCGGAGUCACUGCUGACCCAAACCAAUCAGAACCUGGAAGCCUGCGGCACGGCUGCAUCUGCCCUCUGCUGUCUGGGCUCUAAGUUACAGGAGUUGGCUCGCCUCGCCCCACACUAUUCCUUCUCGCCAGGGAGGGUUCUGCGCUGGGCUCAGCGGGUUCUUCAGAGCGAGGAAUGGGCACAAGCGGCCAGAGAGGGGAAACCUGCAGAGAAGGUUCUGAUCCGAGGGGUUCUGGCCCACGUAUUGCCCACAAUCGCACCAACAGACAGAUAUAUCCUGCGGCUCUUGCUAGCCAUUGGGCAACCAUCGGCCCUGGAGUGGUUGUCCUUCUUGGGGCUCCUGGAAUGCUCCGGCCAAGUGGGGUCACCCUCUUGCACCCAGAGGCCACCGUGGGUGGGUGCCCAGGCCUGGGCAGAGCUGGGCCAGUUGGAGAGGGUUCCCCAGUUCCAGGGCAUUCGGGCCUCCCUGGCUACACAUGGCAGUCAGUGGCAAGAGUAUUUCCGACUGGGCAGUACGAUUAUUGGGCCGGUGCCCUCCCCCCACUUUGGCCACCUGACGCCCUUUCAGAAAGCCAUCCUGUGGCGCAUCAUGCAGCCGGGGAAACUGGGCCUGGUACUGACCCAAAUGGCUUUAUGUGUAUUGGGCCCAGAAUCCCAGGAGGACUGGGAAGAGCCGGCCGAUCUCAGCUCCCUGGCGACCCCCCACGUUCCCAUAGUGUUCCUGCUCCCCAAGCCGGAGCCACAUGCACCCCACUUUCAGCCGCUGCCCCAGAUCCUACAACUGGCAAACAGCAAAGGGAAAGAGGUAAAAGUCUUCACUGGGGGGCAGAACUGCUCGGGGGCAGAAGUCAGACAGUUAUUUAUCACUUGCCGGCAAGAAGGCCAUUGGCUGGUUCUCAACAAUUUGCACCUAGAGGAUCCCCCAUUGGACCACAAGCUGCAAUAUCUGAUGGAACCCAAUCAAGGGGAUUCUGUACCCCCGAGCCCUGAUUAUCGACUCUGGAUAAUAAUUCAAGAGGAUUCCCUGAACUCAAUACCAGUUGACAUGAGAUACUCGUGCCUCCCUGUGCCCGGGGGCCCCCCGUCCAACCUGCGCCCCAUCCUGCAGCAGAACUGCCCUGAGUUGGAGGAGAACCUUGAGGAGCAGCCAGACAGGGUGAAGGCCCUUCAGCUCCUCCUGUUGCACAGUGUCCUGCUCCGGCGGCAGGGAUAUUCCCGCUCGGCCCAAACCCACUCCUACUCCUGGGGCAGAAAGGAGCUGCGGGGGGCUCUGCAGGCGCUGAGGAGGAUCCACUCGCUGUGUGACGAUUGGGAGGGGGCCCUCCAGUUCCUGAUAGGGAGCGUUAUAUAUGGGGGUCACAUUGUGGAUGAAGGGGAUGCGCUGAGUGUCGCUGGACUGACCAACGAGUGUCUUCAAGAUCCGGCAGGUCACCCCACCAACCGCGGGCCCUCAAACCUGCUCCAGGUGUUCCUGGGAAGAGCCAACUCAGGUCCAUGGUUGAGCAGUAUUCAGCGCAGCAUUGAGAAAGUCUCACCAAGCUCAGAAGCAGCAGCUCUUGGGCUCAGCGAGGGAGUUCCAAGCUCCACCUACCAAGCCUGUGGGCUCGAAGCGCUGUCCAAACUGCUCAUUACACAGGAUCUGUGGACUUCUGGUGCCAGCAAUGUACUGAGUGACAGCACUAGAGACAUCCCAGGAGAGGAGAGAGUCCAGCAUCCAACACUCUCUGAGGGAUCUUCACUUGGUCCCACCAAGGUUACUGUGUUUGUGGGCCAAGAAGCACUGAGCCAGUGUCUGUCCCUUCUCACACAGCUCGAGGCUCUCCUCCUAGAGCGGCAGCGGGAACUGGAGGCUACACAAGAAUUAGCCCCUCAGAGAAGGUCUGACAUAUCUACUGAUACACCCAUGCAGGGGGAGCAGAAACCACCAAGAGAGAACAUGUUUGAGGGUACAGUACCGGGCUCGGAGGGGUCAGAGAGACUGCACGGUGUAACAAGUGGGGGGUCCCUGGACAAUAUGGAGAAGAGGUUAGGGAAUGAAGAACAUGGGAGUAAUGGAGGCCCAUUCAGAGUACCAGCUGGUGAGAGGGCACAGCAGCCCCUGAGCAGAUUCCUUCAGGUCGAAUGGGACCUUCUCAGAACGUUGGUCACACAAGCUCUGCAUAACGUGAGGGAAGCAAUGUCCCCUUGUGACUGCCACGUGUGCCAGCAAGUACGGAGAGCGCUCUCUGUGGGCUUAUUGCCCCAGGGGUGGAAUAAGUACCGCCCACUUGGCUCUCUCUCUCUAACUGACUGGGUGAGGGAGCUUCAUCUACGGCUAAAGCUUUUGUUCAGUUAUAGGUCCUCCCCAUCUCUGCUCAACGUCACCUUCAACUUGAGCGCCUUCCAGCAUCCAACAUGGCUCCUACACAGCUUCCUGCGAGCCAGAGCGUUGGCUGAGAGCAAAGACCUCGACCAGUACGUUCUGCACUGUCAGGUAUCGGGCAGGACCCCGCCCAUUGCAGACAACAUGGCGCUCAGAGUCGGGGGGCUGCACGUACAACACGCUCUAUGGGACAGUCGCCGGGCUCUGCUGCAAGAGACUCUCUGCCCCAAACUAUGUGCCCUGCCCGACGUGUCUAUCCGGGCUCUGCCCAAGCACCAGCUACCCGUUACCCACAGUCCUUUGCUGCACCACUACCUGUGCCCUGUGUAUCCAGGUGGGGAUCCGGGUGGCCCCGCCCAGCUCAGAGAGGCCGCCAUCUUGCUUCUUCCUCUUCCCUCCCGUAUCCCCCCAUCUGUGUGGAGCCAGCGCCGUGUACACGCACUCAGCCUCCUGUCACCCCCACAAUAACUGGGGGGCCCCUGGGAAAGCACACACUGACAAAUAAGGGAUUUCAUUAAAACUUGUAAUGAUUUCGGCACAAACGUUUGGGGCCAAUAACAAAGCGCAACAGAAACAAAGUGUCAGCUUCUGGGACUACAGAUCUCAGUGGGCUGAGCCCAACAGCGCUUCCCCCAUUACUAACUAUGGGGCCGGGCUCCUUGGGAGCAGAAUCCUGGGGGGGUGCUGGGAGGGACGGCUGCCCCUGCUUGUGGGGCUCUGGGUCCCAGUGUCUGUCUCCGGUUCUGACCCAAAUCACCUCUUCUUAUAAAGACAGGGGCGCAGCUCGAGCCCCGGGUGCCUGACCCGAUCCCGCGCGGCGCCGCUCUUGCUGAACUCAAACAGGAAGAAGUGACUGUUGUCCGUGUUCUGGGGGAACAAUAAAGUUUGGUUACUCCUUGGUGCCCUGGGGGUUCCAACCAAUAGAGACCCCUUUCUAGACGGACUAUGUCACAGAGAUGUCCAGUAGGGGGAGGGGUUAUUUGCUGCCCUGGGUACCCCCAGAAUUAAACGUGUACCCAGAUACUUGUAACCAGGCAAGGGCCACUCUCACCAAAUAAAGAUACACAAAGGGGGUGCUUGAUCACCCCAAAAAUCA